AUGGAGUUGACCUUCUUGAAGCUUCAUGGCCCUGCUGUCACUGUGCAGGCCAAAACUGGACGUGAGAUCAAGCUGAUGGAUGUACCUACACGAGGGGAAAAAUGCCACUUUGAUCGUGGUUACCGCUUCCUCUCUUUGGGUGGUUUCAGCGAGAAGCCGUCAAUGAGAUACAUCAUGACCAGCAAUGAUGACAAGGCCACCAGAUCUGAUGAGACAAUGUGGCGCCUGAACGUACGGAUGCCAGUCCUUGGUUAUUGUCAGCUGACCAACGCCAAGUGUAGCUGGGGCCCAGCCGCCAUGGAGGCUGAGGAUGAGGAUGAAUCCUUGAAGAUUCAGCUGCAGCAGCUUCAGCAGCUGCAGCAGAUGGUGACUGAAGACACCGCAGACACUGAGGCCACUGAGGCGGCGCAAAAGACAGCUGAAGCUCCGGAAGCUCCGCAAGCUCCAGAAGCUCCGGAAGCUGAGAAACCUGGAGCUGAAGCAGCUCCAGCGGUUGAUGUGACUGCAACCUCUGCACCUGAAGCUGCCCAAGCUGCCCAAGCUGAUGAGAGUGAGAAAGCACAGCCCAGUGAGCCAGUUGCUGAAGUGGCCGAAACUGCGGCUGAACCGGCGGAGGAAAACACAGAAGCUGAUGCCGAAAACGGCACAGACAUGGCAUGCAUUGUGCCACAGGUGACCUACGAUGAAAAGAGUCACUUUACCAAAGAAGGCAGGUGGGUUCUUCCCAAGCGCAGUCAAUUUCCAUCGAUUUUCUGCCCACUCCGGGUGCGUGUUCGCUUGGCGAGCCCUCAUGAUGUUUCAGUUGUGAAUCCAUACAAGAUUCCAGUUGCGGAGGUUGAGAAAAUUCUACGAGACUCACUCGGUUUCAAGGAUCUAUUUAUCCGAUUCGAUGACUGCCGAGAUCGCAUUGAUGCUGCAGUCAAUGCGAGGGAGGUUGUCGUGGCCAUCAAUGGCGAGUUGCCGGAGGGUCUCAAGGUGGGGACGCAGAAGCAGGUGGAAAAAUAUGAAAAAGAGUCCUUGUCAGCUACCGUUGUUGAUGUCUUGGAAACAUCAAAUGACUUGGAUCCGGAGCGGAUCAAUUCCUUGACAUCCCGCCUGAAAGAGAGUGAGGCUUGUGAUGCCUUGGUCCUGGAAUUGCCACAGAUUUGGAUCAUCUCGGACCCAGAGUUUCGAGCCAAGAGUGCUAGCAUUGGUUUGUACCCAGGAAGCUUCUGGAUGGGUUUCUUGAAGUCCUGGGGGGCUGUGAAGGUGGCUGAAGUCUUCUUCAAGAAAAUUCCUGGCGAUACUGGACGAGAACCCAUGGUUUCAGUCGCUGUACAGUUCCGAGAACAGGAGAACUUGAGGAUGUGCUUCACUUUCCUCCAUGACAGAUAUCUAGUCCAUCCAAAGCAAAAGAAUGCUUUGCGGCAACCCUGGGGCAGAUUAGUGGCCUUUGAGGACUUUAAGUCCAAAACCCUAGGAAGACCUGCCCAGAAAAAGCCCAAGGCUGCAACAAAGCCGCAGCUGCAGAUCAAUCGACCCAUGCCACAAGUGCCUCGAAAACAAGCAGCUCCCGCAAAGGACGCCAAAGCCACCAUGGACUUUGAUCAUGAGCUCACACCAGCUGAGGCCAUGGCCGGCCUGUCCGGAAGGACGCUGGAGGCUUUCCAGAUGGUCAUGAGCCGAAUGGAAAGAUUAGAGAGGGAGAACAAGGAGCUCAUGCAGGUCCUGAUUCAGAUGCAAGGUUUAUUGCAGCAGUCCCAACAGCGAAAUGAGCAGCUAGCAGGCAUUGCACGAGCCGAUCCUUCCACGAAUAGCACUGCCCGCGUGGCGCUUGAGGCGCAACGCCACGCCAUGAUGGCCUCCUCCAUGGUGCCUCCACCGGUUCCACCGGUUCCGCCAGCACCAGUGGAUCCCUCGUCCCCCGAGAAGCGUCCCGCGGACGCUGAAGCCUCCCAACCUGAGGCCGCAGAGGCCGCAGAGGCCGCAGAGGCCGCGGAACCAUCCGUGGAACGGCCCUGGAAGCAUCAGCGGCGGCGCCAGCGGCGCAGUGCGGUAGAUGCGGUAGAUGCUGAUCCACACCUGGCGGAUGUGGGGGAUGAGGACGAGGAUCAAGGGUCAGGUCUUGCGGCUUACCACAACGCAUUGCUGGGCGUUGUCGUGUACUUGAACUUUCGCAGCGAAUUUCACGUGCUUUGCGCUCGACCCUGGCUGGAUCAAGGUGCUUGGGAGCCCUCUAGCAUGGAGAGCACCGUCAGCACUGGCAUUCCCAACGGACCCUAUUCGGGCCCAGUCUUCCAGAAGGCAGUUGGCAAUGGCAUCCUUGACUUAUAUGGCAGCGAGUGUGGCGAAGGCACAUACUUUGUCUUCGUUGUCCGAGUUCCCAGACGUUCCGUGGAAAGAGCCUAG